AUCUUCUCUAGCUAGUUCUCUCCAUGCACUCAAACGCAAUUAAGCAAGCUAGCCGAGCACCCAUCAUCAUCUCACGAAAAGCCCGUACUGCCCAGCAACUUCAACGCGCACGGCAGCAACGACCAUGAGCACCAGCGAGGCCGCCCCCGCCCCCGCCCCCGCCGCGACCGUCAUCCCCAUCGACGACGUCGCCCGCCACCACGGCAAGGUCCCGGCGCCUCCUCCCGCGGCAUCGUCAGCCGCCCCGCCUGCAGCGGCCCCCGCGGCUGCUGCGACGACGGCGGCGCCUCGCAAGACGGGGCUCCCGUUCUUCCGGCGCGCCGACCGCGGCAGCCGGUGCGUGGCGCUCAUCGACUUCGUGCUGAGGAUCGCGGCCUUCGGGCCCACCCUGGCCGCCGCCAUCGCCACGGCCACCUCCGACGAGACGCUCUCCGUCUUCACCCAGUUCUUCCAGUUCCGCGCCCGCUUCGACGACUUCCCGGCGCUCCUGUUCUUCAUGGUGGCCAACGCGAUCGCGGCGGGGUACCUGGUGCUGUCCCUCCCCUUCUCCGCCGCCGUCGUCCUGCGCCCUCAGGCCAUCGGCCUGCGCCACCUCCUGCUCGUCUGCGACUUGAUAAUGGUGGGGAUGCUGACGGCCGCGGCUGCUGCUGCUGCGGCCAUCGUGGACCUGGCGCACUCGGGGAACGUUCGCGCCAACUGGGUGCCCAUCUGCAUGCAGUUCCACGGCUUCUGCCAGCGCACCAGCGGCAGCGUCGUCGCCUCCUUCCUCGCCGUCCUCGUCUUCGUAUUCCUCGUCAUCUUGGCCGCCUUCGCCAUCAGGAGACGCUGAACUGAAUGCUCUGCUCUACCCAUUUCGUGACUACGUGUGUGCUUUGCUAGCUGCCUUGAAUCGUGUAAUUUCGGUUGUGUUAUGAUGAGAUGUUCUGUGCAAUCGUGCGUGAGCACUGGCUAGUGGAGUGGAUUGUUGGUGUAUGAGUUUAAAAUCUAUUGCCUGCAAAUGCAAGCCGAUCGACGUGGUGUUCA